GAUUUUUACAUAUGGCGAGAAUAAUAUAAAAAGAUUUUUCAUUAUUUUACGCUUUCUAAGUGGACCCAAAUCAAAUGCCACAACGAGAAUUUGACGACGCAAAGCUUCGAACUUGCAUAAAACAAUAUUUAAAUUAAUCUUUAGAUAGACAGCAGUUUAAAAGCCUGAAAAGAAAAUUUGCGCAAAGGACCGAACGGCAAGGAGACAAAGCCGUUAAGUGAACAAAAUUAAAGUACAGAAAACGGCAUCAACAAAAAAUCUAAAUUCUAACAAGUUGAAGUGAAAAUUUCAACAAAGUACGCAAAGAAAAUUGCACAUCAACCCGCAACAAGCCGCUAAGGGGGAAAAACGCACUGUCGCUGGUCAACGGAGAUUUCGUGCGAAAUUUCAUAGGAGCUGAGGCGUAAAAGGUUUGCCAUCCGAGGUCGAACACUCGCGACCGCCGCAAAAAUGCGUGUGUACGUGUUAUGGCUGCUGACAGCUGCCGCGCUACUAGCGGCGGCCACUCAAGCGGCGCACGUACGGGAGGCGACCAGUAGCAGCUUGGCCAGCAACUAUGCAAAUGACCCACGACCUGAUGCUGUGAACGAAGAAACGAGUGAUAUUUUGGGCACUGGCGGUGUCUACGAAUUUCGACUACCACAACCGCAAAUAAACAAAGAACAACAGCAAAAUCAGCAACAGCAGCAUCCAAAUCAACAUAAAACAAAGCGGCCCAACACCACCGCCACUUAUGUGACCACAACAAAAACGAGCAGCAGCAGCAGCAGCAGCAGUGCCAAUCAGAUGUCGACAAAAUGGUCGACCACACGUCCGGCGAGCUCCACUACCGCCACAAGUGAUAACAAAGCUGCCAGUGUCAGUAGCUCGGCUACAACGCCAGCACAGGCCAGUCACCAAACCGGUUUUGCAUACAAUGUUUCGGUAACACCACAGCAGCCAUCGCAACACACUGUAACUCCUGCUGCUGCUAAUGACGAGACGGCAGUGACCUUUGGCGCCGAGAGCGAUGGUGAUUCAUCAAAGAAAAUUAUCGGUUCCAGUGUCGUUACGUCCGUCUCGGUAAUACUCAAUGGUGAUGAACCAGAAUACACUGAUGCCCUGGGACACAAGGUACCAAAACCACAGCCUUCACUACAAGUGGCCAGCCCCAUCGAUCUACUCAACCCCGAUCGCUACGAAUUUUACACGUUCGAUGAGAAUGGUGAACUGGUGAAACGUCUCAUGACAAUGGAGGAAAUACAGAGUAUUGUGGCGAAUGGAGAUGGUGAGAAUUCAUCUAUUGUACAGCACGUGUCCACAGAUGACCGCGAACCGGAGAAAAAUGUCCAGGAUAUAGUCGAUAGUGUACAGAACGUACUCAACAAGGAAGUGGAAUCGAAUAAAAAUGUGUCCAAGGAUGCACUACCUGUACUGGAUACGCCCGAUGUUACCUCAUCGUGGUCCAUGAUUUUACCCGCCAUAUUCGGUAAUGGCGGCGGUGAUAUUUUCCCACAACAGAAACCUCAACAAAUUGUUAUGACACCCGAUUCCGAGCUGUUGGAGACUUCAACAAAUUCUCCACCCCCCACGCAUGCUACGAAACGUCCGAAGCCGAACAAACGUAAACCGGGCCAAAAACGUAAGCCAACAACACCGGCGCCUACUACAACAUCCACCGCAAUUACGCCACAAGUUGUGCAAGAGGAAUUAGGCCCGAAUGAGUCUGUCUACACUGGCAUGCAACAGUACCAAAAUGUCGCUGCGAAUAUGCAACACUUCGAUGGAUUUUCACAAUUGCAAAUGCAACCAAUCUAUCAUAAACUGCCUGAAUAUACCCAAGUAGAGACAACAACUCGACGUGUGUUCGUCAACAAUCAAGAAAUAAUUCAAAGUGUGGCCACAGCACGUCCAACGUCGGCAGAAAAUGACGCCGAACUGAAUGAAAACUACGGCAAGCGCCCACCUGUUGUGGUCUAUAAGCGACCAGUGGCGCCGAAUCGCCACAAAACGCCGAACGGCGGUGAGGGUUCGGGUACGACCAAGAAACCACAAGGUGGACACAACAAGCAGAAGAUAAAGAAGAAGCCGACUAUAGCAACAACGACAACCACAACAACACCGAAACCCGAACCGACAACCACCACAACAACUACUACUACAACCGAGCCUACUACAACAUCUACAACAACAACAACAACUACAACGACACCGGAGCCGCCAACAACUAUAGCACCUGAACCGAUAACAAGCACGACCACAGCCAAACCAAGCUCUACCACACCAAAAAAGAAAAAGAAGAAACCAACACGACAGCCAGGUCAAGGCAACGGCAAUGGCAAUGGUAAGCCACAUCCAGCUGGAGAGAAGCGCAAACCCGCUAACGGCAAACCACGUCCCACUGGCGCUGGCCAACACAAUACACACAGGCCACAACAGGCCGGUAACGGCGGUGCACAGCACACAGCCAACAAACACCAACCAGCCGCCGAUGUACCUGUGACUACGCCCGCAACGACUGAACCCACUAUCAAUAAACACAAUAUCACUGUGAGCCACAAACCGAAUAGAACGCGACCGCGGCCACACAAGAAACCGGCUGGCUCAACAACGACCACAACAACACCGGAACCAACCACAACCAGUACUACUACAACGACUACACCGGAGCCUACCACCACGACAACGACCACGCCAGCACCAACGACAACAACAACCACUACCACUACUACCCCAGCGCCCACUACAAGCACUACAACAACAACCACAGAAAAAGCUUUGGUUGUGGAGCAUUUCCCUGGCUACCAUCCCAUACAAGUCAAGCCUUCGCAUGCCAAUAAACGUCCUGGCGUAUCUGCGUAUCCAGUGCCUGACUACAAACCUACAGAGCAUGAGGUGCAUGAGACCGCCGUUGAGUCUGACCCGGUUGAUUAUGGACAAUUCAAGCGCAAGCCUUUGCCAUCACUCGCACAAAUUCAACAACAGCACCACAAACCAGCCGACAAACCAAUUCCGUUAGACGAACAAAAUACGUUGUCAUCUUUCGAUCAAAUUAUGGAGUCUCUUAAGGAAGAACUUUCGAACAAUGCCGACGCUGAUAUAAACGAGUCAAGCGCUUCCGAAACACAGCCUGUUACACAAAAACCUGUAGCAGUAGAGUCGACUAAGGAACCUGCCACAUCUGUAAGUGCGCCCAUGGAUGGAACCUCAGCUGCUCAGUCUUCAACAACCAGCAGCCAAGAGGCAUACGGAGAAAAGGAAGUUAAAAAUGAUGCAGUGCACAUCGUUAGCGUAGAGCAAGAAGAUGUGGCCACAGUUGAGGACGUAUCAGUUACCACAAUAAGCCCGCCAACAUUGGCGGCGACGUCCGAAGAAACAACGAAGAAAACAACCGUGCAGCCAACAUUGGUUGGCAGCACUGAGGAGCAAGUCGAGCAGGAAGUAUCUGAUACCACAAAUGUUUCAGAGUAUUCAAUUGAAGAAAAAGAACAAAGUGCUAGCGAACCUAUCAAAUUGGAGGUACUUGAAGAGCAGGAGACCGAUAAGAACGGUGAAGAUUUGUCACAUGUUGUUAAAUUUGAGCCACUUUAUGCUGACGUACAAGAGCCAAUAGUCACCGAAAUAACAACUGCAUUGCCCGAUGACUUAGAGGACACAACUGUGGCGGAAGUCGUAGACGAAGUGGUUGUACAAGCAGCGCAUGGUAUUGCUCCAACAAUUGAGGAUAGUAGCACUGAGUACCACAUACCAAUAGUAAAGGUUACACAAAAAGUAGAGACUAUGAUAGCAGAGGAUAGUUCAUCUACAGAACCUCCACCGCAGGUAGCCGAUCUAAAACCGCAUUUAAAUAUGGAAGUACUUAAACCGAUUGAUCAAAUAAAUAUGUCUGACUUCCAAACGCAGGCGGCUACCGUGGCUUCAACACUGGUGGAUGGCACCAACACAAUUACAUCUAAUGUAGAUAUGAGCUCCAAUGAGACACGCAGUGAAAUCGAUUUCCUUUUAUCCGAUGUUAUACAACAAAUGGCUGGACAUAAACCAGACGAAGAUCGUCCAGACCCAGUGGAGGAUAGCAACCGUUUGACAAACUUUGCGCAACUUAAUUCAUCCUUCUUACUGAAACCAGCGCAGACGGCAAUUCAGCAGAGCAAUGUGGACGAGGAAGGUUUACCAGCCUACGGAGGUGUGCAAAUUACAAGCAGCGCGCUGAAUGCGCCACCUCUCAAAGAGCCUGCAAAAGCGCCCAUUGUAGAGCCCUUAGUAGUGCCUGCGGCAGAACCAGUGAGUGAAGCCGAUUAUAACUUUACGACUGAGACUGAUAACGCAACAGAAGUUUUGGUAUAUGCUUCGCAGGAAGACGUUAAAGCAGAGGACCAGAAUACCAGUUUCAAGCCAGCUAGUACAGAUAAGCUAGAGNGUUGUAGAGCCCUUAGUAGUGCCUGCGGCAGAACCAAAGUUUUGGUAUAUGCUUCGCAGGAAGACGUUAAAUCAGAGGACCAGAAUACCAGUUUCAAGCCAGCUAGUACAGAUAAGCUAGAGAAGGAAAACAAGGCCGAACUUUCAAAAGAAAAUUCAGCUAAAGAAGAUACCGAACUGGAAAAUGAAAAUCAGGAGGAAAGUGUGGGAAAAGAUGAAGUGGAGCAAAACUCUCAAAUGCAACCGGAAAGUUUGAACAAAGAAGAAAAUGAACAUGCCGUAGAAACACAAUCGGAAAGCUCGGAAGGCGUGGAGCAAAAUACAGACAUAGAAUCGAGUAGUUCCGAGAAGGACCAAGUGCAAGAUAAUCUCGCAGAAAAGCUUGAAAAUUCACAAAAUAAUGAAGGUCUGGGGACAACCGAGGAAACUUAUUAUGAAACUACGGCAGUGAAGGAGCAAAUACCCUCUUUGUCGCAUAUUUACGCCAUACAACAACAAGAAUUCGAGACUAAAGAAACUGAAAACCAAGCGCAAAAAGACAAAGAAGACCCACAGUCUGAAGAAACACCGAUACAACAGGUUUCAAUUUCUAAGAAACCACUUAAAGAAUCAGAGACAAUUAUAUUAGAAGAACAAUUGAGCGCCGAAUCCAGCAACGAAGAGAAGAAAGAACAAAUGACAAGCGCCGAAGUGAUAAUUACGGAAAUAGCUAAGAUUAACGAGGCAGAAAGGGAGAAGAAUGGUGAAAAGAAUGGCGAAAAGAACGAUGGUGGUGAAGAAGUAAGUCAAUCUGAAAAGGAAGAGGAAGGUUUGAAUGCAACAACAGAAGACUUCACUGCGCAAACUGAGAAGAAUUUAAUAGACGAAACAACACCAGCAGUUUUUACAGAGGUACAGAAAUUAGCUGAGGAUCAAAGCACAGUUGAGCAAGUAGAAGAAAUGCCUAUUGCAACUGAAAUAGAAAAUAAAUUUGAAAAGCCAACAAUCCAAUCAACGGAGAUGUCAAACGAAACUGAGAAGACGCAGAUAAGUAGUUUAGCAGAAGACGAUAUUAGAAAGGAAGAUACUGAAGAAGAUGUUAGCGAAUCGGGUAAUAAAGGCGCUGUGGAAAAACAUGAAAAUGAAAGCGCAGAACAUGAAACCGUUACUGAUGUUACGAUAAUGAUAUCUGAUGAAAUCGACAGCACAGAAUCCGAUGAAGAUCCCUAUAUUAAACUUGGUGAGACCACUAUAAAAUACACUGAAAGCUUGAACAACGUUGAUGUAUCGGACAACGUCAUGAGCGCCGAAGAGGAGGCAACAAGCACUGAAGGCGCUGAUAUUGAGCCAACGUCACCAACGCUGCCACAACCGAUACAAGUGGAUGUGUCGGAGUCAACGACGCAAGAUGUGCAGCAGUCUAACGAAGAGGCUGAAGAGGAAUCCCAGCCAACGCAGUUUGCUGAAAACGUAGUUGCAGCACAGCCAUCAAAAGAGGCAGAUGCAAUUACAAACACAUCUGUGGACGAGGCGAACACGCCAGAUUCGAUCGAGCAAAGCGAUGUAACCGAACAAGCUCCAACUCAGCAAACAACAAAUCCGAUUCAAACUUUUGUUACACAACAACGACCUCAAGUGCCACAACUCAACAAUGAAUAUCGUCCUGAUCCGCAGAACCCAGCAGAUGUAGGUGACCAAACCACUUACAUUAUACCCAAAUUCCCCACAAGCCCAGUGCUUGCUGCGCUCUCAACACCCGUGGGAAAUGUGCCGUCUUCAACGGCCACCAGUUCAACCACUUCGACCACUAAUGCACCAAAUCUAUCAACGACUACCAAACGCAUACACACACUCAAACCGGUCUCAAAUCCUGCCUACUCAGCCAACACCGCCCAGCAACGUCCGAUGCAGCGUCCAGCACAACUGAACAACCUGAUGGCCACAUCUACGCAGGCAACCCGACCGCCUGUCAAAAUGGACCCCAGUCCCACAAGCUCGAAGGGGCUCGAAGCCUCCGUUACGCACUUGGACGAAGAUCUGCAGUCUUUCGUUAAACUCUGCAAUGAGUUGGCCUUCAGUUAUUGGAAGUCCAUCACAUCGGAAAAGAUUAGCUCCGCGCGCAGUCUGGUAAUAUCGCCGUUCGCACUAACCUCCAUGUUAUCAAUGGUCUUCCUCGGCGCACGCGGCAGCACAUCAGGCGAAAUGAACGAGGUGCUGAAAUUGGAUGAUAUGGUCACCUUUAAUCCGCAUUUGGUAUUCAGAAAUAUUACCGACUCUGUGGAGCGCGCAACUGAUAGCGACAUUGCCACAACAGCCUUUGUGCGCGAGAUAUUCAGCGAUCGCGCAAAUGGCAAAAUACUACAAUUCUUCAAGGAAAAGACACAACAAUUCUAUUCGGGACACGUAGAGGAAGUGAAUUUCCAUGUGGUGAACGACGUCAUACGCCGUCGCACGAAUCUGCUCGUUAAGCGGCACACAAUGGGCAAAGUGCUCGAGUAUUUGCGCACAAAUAGUCUCUGGGUUAACGGCCCACUGGCAACCAUUUCGGCUAAUCUCUUCCAGACAGACUGCCGACGCGGCUCUACGCAAUUGACUGAUGGCGAAAUGUUCUUCCAGGUGCAUCCUUCUGUGCGCCAACGUCGUCUCAUACCCAUACCAGCAGUUUUGUACAAGAGCGGCUUCGCCGCUGGCUAUGAGCCUAAGUUGGAUGCCACAAUUGUGGCAUUUGGCAGCAUUCAAGAUACCGUUAGCACCGUUUAUGUUAUGCCCGGACACCAAAGUACACUUUCGCCGGCGGAAAGUUUGGAACGGCUUGAACGUGAGCUCGUGGAGCAAGCUAUUAGCAAGAACGCCUGGAGUAAUAUACUCACCUCGUUGAUGGACCGGCCUGGCAUGGAGGUGCAAUUGCCACGUUUCUCGCACAGAUCGUUCGUGAAUGCCUCACUGGGUUUGCAGAAAAUGGGUCUGAAGGGACUUUUCAAAUCUGAUUUCGCAGACUUGCGCGGUCUUACUGGCUCCUCGAAUCGCGACAUUUACCUUUCGGACGUCAUACAAAUUAACACCUUCAGCACUUGUGGGGAGGAGAAAAUCGCCGAUCAUCAUCACGUCGAAAUGUAUCCAGCACCACCGCUACGCAAACGCAACAAGGACUUGGGCGCUAAUGAUGAUGGCGCCUACGACUCAUCUGAAGCUGUUAUUGACUUCGGCUCGCUGGUGCAUGACUCUGCACUCGGUCGCGGCUUCUACGAUGACCUUCUGGAUCCGAAAUAUUUGGAGUUGCCAUUAUCUCUGCGUCCGCGGCAGGCACGCGUACCCGACGCGCCACGACUACGCUUCGACAAACCUUUCCUCUACUUCGUGCGCCACAAUCCAACGGGCAUCAUACUCUUCAUGGGUCGCUUCAACCCACGGCUACUGCCGUGAAAGAAGCGCUAAAGCAGCUGCAAAUCGUCGGAUUUUAUGCACACGUGCAUUCACAUUCAUAACUCAGAAGACUAAAAGCACGGAAAAUGGCAUUUCAAUUUGAUUUUGUUGGCACUUUUUUAUAUGAAUAUGUUUGCACGUGAAUAUCCACAUACAUAUGCGUCUGCCGCAGCCGCAUUUGUUUGCAUAAAUGCGAACAUAAGCCAAACUAGCAUUUUUUUUUUUAAAUGAGCAUUUUCGUUAAUAUGUCGGGCGCAUUUUUAGUGAAAUUUUAUUUGUAAUUUUUUUUCUCGAAAAUGUUUCAUUUUAAAUUCGAACAUUUAGCACUUAAGUUUAAAUAAAUUAUAUUAAUUCUAUGAAGUACUUAGUACCGUUCGACCAAACGGAUGGUAGAUGCCAAUUGUCUUUGUUGUGCCUUAAUCACGAAUCAUCCUCAUCCGCAUCCGCAGCAGCAUGCCCCACACCCACGCUCGCCAGAAUGUAAAGUUUGUGUGGCCACUCCCCUUGGAUUCGAGAUUGAUGUGCGACAUGCAGCUCUAUUAAUUUGUACGCUAUUAAAUUUAAGUUACGAAUUACUUUUUCUAUGCAAAUUAUUGUUAAAAUAAAUUAGAUUUUUUUUUGUGUAAUUUUUGAUUUUAAUAUUGUUUGUAAUAUGGAAGCACACACUACUAAAUAUAAUUUGUUAUCAUUUAAGUUGAUAUCAUAUUGAAACACUAUCUACGUAUUAAAAUUAUUUAUUAUUUUUUAUUUUUUAAAUCGCUGGAGGUAAUAAGUGAUGAUUUCUGUCUCGCUAAUUUAUGUACGUAGUAAAAAUUAUAGCAUAUUUACAGAAACAUGCAUACACCCAUGCUCAAACAUUUAAGAGGCAUAAUUGAGUGUGUUUUAUACUUAAGUAAUCAUUAUAUAUUUAAAUACGAAAGAUUGAUGUAUAUCUUUAAAAGAAAUUACA